GAAUCCUUCGUCAAAAGCGCCCCAAUCGCCAGCUCGGUCGAGCUUCGAUUCGACAGUCUCACUUACACAGUCUCAGCAGGCUUCCGCAAAGGAACAAAGGAUAUAUUGAAAAACAUAUGUGGAAUCUUUCCUCCUAGUCAGCUCAUAGCAAUCAUGGGGCCCUCAGGCGCUGGAAAAUCUUCCCUCCUCGACUGCCUCUCUGGUUAUAGGAUCAGUGGUUUGAAGGGACGCGUGAUCGUAAACUCCAGAGAAAGAGAUUUGGAUGAGUUCAGACGGAUAUCGUGUUACAUUCAACAAGAUGACAGGCUUCAACCCCUCUUAACGGUGAGAGAAAACAUGGACAUUGCAGCGGAUUUCAAACUGGGCAACAGAUUGGACAGAUCCAAAAAGGAUGCACUGAUACGAGAUAUUUUAUCGACAUUAGGGUUGAAUGAGGCAGCAAAUACACGGUCUAGUAUGCUAUCAGGAGGUCAAAAGAAAAGGCUCUCGAUAGCACUGGAGCUCAUCAAUAAUCCAUCGGUCAUGUUCCUAGAUGAACCCACCACGGGUUUGGACAGUUCGUCAUGCAGUCAAGUGGUAUCACUGCUGCGUCUGUUGACCCGACAAGGGCGCACCAUCAUCUGCACCAUCCAUCAGCCAUCGGCGUCGCUGUUCGCCAUGUUUGACCAAGUGUACCUCUUAUCCAGGGGCUGUUGCCUCUACCAAGGCAGCACCGCCAAUCUCAUUCCUUACUUGUCAAAACUAAAUUUCCCCUGUCCAAAAUACCACAAUCCCGCCGACUACGACGACAGGAGGAACGGAGGAGGUUUGCUAUGCUGCAAAAGGAAGCGUGGAAUGCAGGAUACCUCAUUCUGCUACCAACUCGGCGUCUUACUCCGACGCGGCUGUAUUAAAAUUAAACGUGACUCGACGCUGACCUAUAUGCGACUUAUUGUAAAUGUGAUAGUAGCAUUAAUGUUAGGAUCUAUAUACAUCAAUGCCGGAGACGAUGGCUCCAAAGUGUUAGAUAACUAUAAUUUGCUGUUUUCAAUCCUGAUCCACCACGUCUUCUCAUCGAUGAUGCUGAACAUUCUCACUUUUCCAAUGGAGAUGUCGAUAUUUUUAAAAGAGCACUUCAAUAGGUGGUAUUCGUUCAAGGCUUAUUUCCUGUCAGUGAACAUAAUCGACUUACCGGUUGCUUCUCUGGGGUGUAUCAUAUUUUCCGCAAUCAUGUACUUCAUGACCGGGCAGCCGCUAGAGACGCGGCGGUUUCUCAUGUUUACCGGCGCCAGCCUCCUCACUGUCUACAUUGCGCAGAGCAUUGGCUUCAUAGUUGGCUCAAUCUUCAGUGUCGUUAACGGGACGUUCGUGGGCCCUACGUUCGUGGUGCCGGCGAUGAUGUUCUCGGGCUUCGGGGUGUCGGUGAAGGACAUCCCGCGGCACCUCCGCUGGGGCGCCGAGGUCUCGUACCUCCGCUACGCCCUCGAGGCCUACGUCGCCGCCAUCUACGGCAUGAACCGGGAGAACCUCGACUGCCCGGACUUCUACUGCCACUACCGCAAGCCCAAGAAACUACUCACCGAGAUCUCCCUCUCCGGUGAUCGCUUCGGCUUCGACAUCACCGCCCUCGUCGGCACGCUCCUCGCCAUGCGCUUCGCAGCUUACAUGCUCCUUCGCCUCAAGCUCUGGGCCUUGAGGUAGACCUCGUUCCAACACACCUAGAAGAACAAAUUCCGGCAUGGAAAAUAGUUUGGAGUAGAACGCCUACACUGAAGGAAAAAAAAACCGGCCAUGGAAGCUGUACUUACGGGCCAAAUAGACAUACCGUCUGCGUUCCGGGCUCAGAAGCCGAAAAUACCGGGCGUAGUAGCCGGAGCAGUCGAACCUACGGCUCCAGCACCCGGGACUUUCGGCCUCUGAACCUGGAAUAAACAGUAUGUCUAUAGCCCGUAACUUUGUUUUCAGUGUAUAUGGGGAGAGUGCGAACAUGUCUGUAAUUUUGAGGUUAGGUCAUGGAGCUUUUAGGGCCAAAAAGGGCAGCCAACUUUUGUAAGGUAACUAUCCAGAAUUUUUUAUUACCAUUAAUAAGACCCGUCGUUUGCAAAACACGUAUUUGACUUAGUUUUUGCACAAAUUUACUAAUUUUCACGGAUACUUAUUUAUGUAAAUUCUUGGUCAUCUUGGUGUGGUAUUGGGAUCUGAAGAUUGGCAGCAGCAAUUUUCUGGUGUUUUCGUGUUAGAGGGUUGCCUGCCCUUUUGGGCUCUAAGCGUUCCAAUUUCGACAUGUCUGCACUCUUCCCAUCUGGGUACUCUAGUCCAGAGCUCAUGACUAUGUCAUUGAUUCAAGUCUAAAAUUGCGUCAAAUCUAAAAGUUACCAUUUGAAGGAUUAGCUUCCAACCUAUAAUGGUCUUGAAAUAUGUUACCUGAUAUUUUUGUAAGGCUGUGCCUGAUGUUGCAUUUUCUAUUUUUAAAUAUUUUUCAUACCUUAUUCACACUAGGGCUGUGUUUCUGUCUUUACGAGGGUAAACAAAAGAACCUUUUUAUAAUUGACUGUCGCUAGUCAGUUAUCAAGAAUACCGCAAUUGAAGAAAAUGUUUAGGAAAAGUGGAGGGGAGUUAUGUUCAGUAAAAUUGUUUAGACGCUUGUAAAGUUACUUUUCUUACCCUUAGAUUCUGGUUCAACCAAGCGCUAAGUUGGCACAUCAAAUUGUGGGUCAUUUUACACGCUUGAUUAAAAUUGCCGCACGUUUUCAGCCGGAAAAAUAAGUGCGACGUUUUAUUACGUGGAAGUAAUUAGUAUGAUCGAUUUGCAGAAAGUAUUAAAUUGUAUCUGAAACUGAACUAUACAUUUUGCAAUGAGGAACUACUAUUUCUGGCUUAUCCGUAGAAGCACCUAUUUGCAUAGGGAAAAUUAUGGCACAUGUGUUGUUUCUAAACAAAAGCAGAAUUAGUGGUUCCUUAUCGCAAAAUGUUGUUCAAAUGUGCGGCGAUUCUUGCGUUUAAUCUUGUGCAUUGCUAUGUGAUACAACAUUUUGUUAAGUUUUCUGCAUUUUUGUUCUAAGACUUUUAUAUUUAUGAUAUCGUGAUCUUGUAAAUACGCAACUUCCAUUUUUGGAUCUGUUAUUGGAACCUCACGGUGGUUGUGAUGAGUUUUCUAUUUCUUUUUUCUUUUUUUAAACAAAUGAAUAAUGCAGAUAUGUCAUUUGCAAAUUGAAAUGAGAAAUAUUUCCGCAUACCUUGUGUUCCUUGUGGAGAAUCGAAACUCGAAACGUGUACAUAGUUUUUCGAAACGGUUAGGACCUAGUUUUUAUGUUGUUUUCGUCUUACUUUUUGAUUUUAAAAGUAAAGUAUAUAAUUUAUGAA